UCCUGGACUGCCUGUACGACACCAUACAGUUAUGUUUCUUCGACAAUACCACUACGGCCCUGGCCUGGAAGAGUCUGAGUCUGAUUCUUUCCAAGCACGCUGAUCCUCUACUUGAUAGUUGGGUACGUUCUCCAGCGCUGUUCGGCGAGCUGUCUGGUAUUGCCAUGGAUGCCAUGCUUGCUGCUUGUACCCUGCAAGCGCCUGCGCUUUCCCGCGUUUCCGACAAUGUGAAGGAGAAUACACCGCCAGAGACGAACGAAGACAGUAGAGACAAAGCCGAUAGCAGGCGCAGUAGCGCUGAGCAAGCUGGAAAGCUCACAGAGAGUGCGAAAUACUGUGAAGUGCCGAGUGAGGUCUCUAUGGCGGAAUCGCCCGAGUACAUAGCGCUGUUGGAGAAUCGAUUAAAGGUUAGCGUGCGCUUCGGAGUACAAGCCCAAGAGAGUUGCAG